UGAGCAGCAUAAUAAUAAGUCAUGGGUUUUACUUUCUCCAAUUCAAACUCACACACCAAAAACCCUUUCAACCGUUAACAUAAAAUUUAGAGUAUUUAUUAAAUUACCAAUAGCCAUGACUGUAUCAAGAUUUUUACUCUUUUCUUCCAAACACCGUUCCUCCCGUGAAGCUCUCGCUCUUCUUCUUCCUAGGUGCGUUCCCUCCAACACAAUUCAAUCUGUUAGAUAUACAAAUUCUUCAAAACAUGAUAAACCAAGACAUGAUCUUCACCCUGUAUUUCCUUCACAAUCUGAGGGUUCUCGCUCGUGGGGAGCUUAUACUGCUUCAGCUGUUGCUCUAGGAUUUGCCGGGAUUGCAGCUUUUUUUCAUUAUAAUGAUGAAAGGAGAGCUGUUCCAAAAGGUUAUCCGGGGGAUAGCCACGAUAGAAAUGUGGUCGGUGGACCUAUAGUUGGCGGUCCCUUUACACUGGUUAAUAAAGAAAAACAAACUGUUACGGAACAUGAUUUUCUUGGUAAUUGGAUCCUCCUCUACUUUGGUUAUACCUCGUCUCCUGAUAUCGGGCCAGAGCAAGUUCACCUUAUGGCAAAAGCAAUUGAUAUCUUAGAAUCAAAACAGAAUCUUCAAAUUCUACCUGUAUUUGUUACCAUCGAUCCUCAACGCGAUACUCCCUCACAACUCCGUGCAUACCUUGAAGAGUUCAACUCAAGAAUCGUAGGAUUAACUGGAACAGUUGUAGCUAUUAGGAAGAUGACACAAGAAUAUCGUGUGUAUUUUAAAAAGGUAGAAGAGGAUGGUGCUGAUUAUCUCGUCGACAGUUCCCACAACAUGUAUUUGUUGAACCCUAACAUGGAGGUUGUGAGAUGCUUUGGGGUCGAGUAUAACGCUGAGCAGUUGACAGAUGCGAUAGGGAAAGAGCUGAACAAAACACCCUUGUGAUGAUACUUUAGAGUAGAAAUUUUAUGCUUUACUUUACUUCUGUCUCUAAGAGCCAAUGUUUUUCUGCUGUUGCAUAACAAGAAUCUUAUUUUCCAUUUCUAAAGGCUGUGAUUUUUAUAUUGA